GACAUGGCUGCGCUGAUGCUGAGAGGGGUUCGGGAGCUGCUGCAGCGUGUGGACUUCGCGACUGUCCCGCGAAGAUAUCGAUAUAAGAGGAAAUGGGCUGCCACAGAGCCCAAAUUCCCUGCUAUUCGACUGGCUCUGCAGAAUUUUGAUAUGACCUACAGCGUGCAGUUUGGGGAUCUUUGGCCAUCGAUCCGUGUCAGUCUCCUCUCAGAGCAGAAAUAUGGUGCUCUGGUCAAUAACUUUGCUGCUUUGGAUCACGUGAUUGCUAAGCUGGAGCAGCUGAGUGCUAGGGACUUUGUGAAUGAAGCCAUCUCCCACUGGGAACUGGAGCCUGAUAGCGGCCAAUCUGCAGCCCCAUCCCCAGCCUCCUGGGCCUGCAGUCCGAACCUUCGAUGCUUUACUUUUGCCAGAGGGGAUGUCAGCCGCUUCCCUCCUGCCAGACCUGGCAGCCUGGGUGUCAUGGAUUACUACCUGAUGGAUGCCGCCUCCUUGCUGCCUGUCUUGGCCCUUGGCCUGCAGCCCGGGGACACCGUGCUUGACCUAUGUGCAGCCCCUGGGGGAAAGACACUAGCAUUGCUUCAGACUGGCUGUUGCCGCAAUCUUGCUGCCAAUGAUAUCUCUACUUCCCGAACAGGCAGACUACAGAAAGUCCUUCACAGCUAUGUGCCUCAAGAUAUCAGGGAUGGGAAUCGAGUUCGAGUUACCUCAUGGGAUGGCAGGCAUUGGGGAGAACUAGAGGGGGACACAUAUGACCGGGUGCUGGUGGAUGUGCCCUGUACCACAGACCGCCACUCCCUUCAUGAGGAGGAGAACAAUAUCUUUCAACGGUCAAGGAAGAAGGAGCGACAGAUGUUGCCUAUGCUGCAGGUGCAGCUUCUCACAGCUGGAGUCCUUGCCACCAAACCAGGAGGCUACAUCGUCUAUUCCACCUGCUCACUCUCACACUUACAGAACGAGUAUGUGGUGCAAGGCGCCAUUGAGCUACUGGCCAAUCAAUACAGCAUCGAGGUUCAGGUGGAAGACCUGACUCACUUCCAAAAGCUUUUCAUGGACACAUUCUGUUUCUUCCCAUCCUGCCAGGUUGGGGAGCUAGUAAUGCCAAACCUCAUGGCCAAUUUUGGGCCUAUGUACUUUUGCAAAAUGCGUAGACUGACAUAGCAUCACCCCAUCCCUGAAGUAGGAAGACAAAAGGUGUUCUCUUUUGGAGGCAUCAGAAACUGGAAACUGAAACCAGUGGCAGAGAUGCCCUCUGGGUCCUGUCCUCAUCCUGUUUGAGUCUUUCUGCAGACAGUUUUCAGCAGUAGGAAGUAGGAGUUUUUCUGUCCUGCUCUCCAAUUGUGAAGCAUCAGCAGGUUUCUAAUUCACUUAUUACUCCCAUCUCUAAGCCCGUGCUAAAGCUUCCUGCCCCUUCGGAGCUUAGAAGAAGGAGCCAGUGAGCAGGCACACUUUAAAACUGUAAACAUGGAAGGAAGCAUUUAGCCAAUAAAAUUGUUGAAGCUCCAAAGAGCUGGGGAUGUAGUUGGGGGCUUCAUGUCAAUCCAAUUACCAUUAGUUCUAUUUAUACCAGCUGCUGCUGCCAAGCACUAGUUCUGAGGUGCCCAAAGCCCAGGAUCUCAGCAUGGUUACAGGUCUCUGAUUACAGAGCCCCUCUCACACUUGAGGUGAGUUCCACCUGAUGAGCUUUGAACAGCCAACAGCCCCAAACAAGCCAACCUAGUUUUUCCAUAUGGCCAAUGAUCUAGUUUAAGGAACAAGUAAAUAAUAGUGUUAAGCCAGUGCAUAAUAAUCUACUUACGAACUCACACUGAGAAAGCUCUCCUGAGCUGGAUAAUUCUGGCCAUUCCUUUUGCUGUCAACAGCACUACUGCCCAUAUGUGGCUAGGAAAGCUGCUUCUGCCACAGGCUGUCAUACUCUUGUAUGUUUCUUCCUUCGUUUGUGCAUAUUGAGCUCCCGUAUGACAGAUAGCUAGGGAGCUGUUGGAGAUGUAGCAGUUGGGAUUGUGGGAGAUAAUCAGACCUCAUCCUUCGGAAUGGCAGCUCCUCCUUUUGCUUUCUGAGCACUUAGGAAAAUUCUGAUGUUUUGUUUUGUUAUAUUCUGGGUUUUUUGUUCUUAUUUCUAGUCUGUGCUGAGCUCUGGUGCCUGUUCUUUGGCCCACUCCCAAGUCCCUCAGAGCUCUUCCUUCAGCAUAAAAGGGCUUUACCUCACACCAUGUGUAUUCAGGGGCAACAUUAUAUCAUUUACUGACUGCAUGCUAGUUAUGUUGUUUUUGUAACUUUAGCCAAAAGAAGGUAACCAUUGGCAGGGAUAUUAAAAAUUACUUAUGGUUACUUGCAGAUAAUUUUUUAUUAAAAAAUUUUUUUUCCCUGAAAAACCAGCCCUUGUACAAAAAAGGGUGCCUAACUUUAGAAUACUUGACGGUUUUUUGGCUCUUCCUACUUUCCUUAUCCCACCUCUUCCUCCUUUUCUUCCUCUUCCUGCCACUCCUUUUGUCCUUUAUGCCUUACUUGCUGAUCCUUAUUUGGGCAUUUGAGGUGUCAGUUGAGAAAGGCUUUAGCUGAGGUUAAGCCUUCCCGUUUUUUAGGAUUUGCAUUGUAACUGAGGGCUCUGGAAAGUCUUUCAGACUCAAAAUCAAGUGAAGCUAAGAAGAUGGAGCUCCAGGGCAUAUGGUCCCCACCUGCUGUUUACUCUGUACUUUAUAUUUGCUGAGGCCGAGAGACCUCAGGUGUCUGGUCUUCUGUCCUUAGUCUCUUAGCUAUUGAGCCUGUUGCUAAUUGAAUACUAAGCAGUGAUAGUUCCAGAGGAGAGAGACUCUUGCCCCUGGGAUGUAAUUGGGGACAGAUAGAUCCAGGUAAGAAAAACAGAGAAAUACUUUGGAAAACAGUUUGAUUAUCUCCUGUAAUUGAACAUUCACCUACCCUACAAUCCAGUUUCUCCAAUGCUAGAGAUAGAUCCUAGAGAAAUUCAUAUAUAUACACCAGGAAAUGUGUACAAGAAUGUUCAUUAGAGCCCUGUUCACAAAAGCAAAAGCCUGAAAGUAGCUCAAAUGCCCAUGAGCAAGAGAGUGGAUGAAUAAAAUGGAAUAUUUGCACAGUGGAAUAUUAUACAAUUGUCAAAACAAAUGAACUAUAGUGAUACAUAAUAUAGAUGUACCUUAGCAAUAAAAUAUUAAGUGAAAAGGUUUAAUCCUA